AUGAAGAACAAAGAAGAUCUGAGGAUGAAGGAGAUCAUAGAACAGGAGAUAAUUAAACAAUUUGAUGAAGAUAGAGAGUUGCUGAGAAACGAGAGUCGAUACAACUCACAAACCAUCACGAUUCCCGUUCCUAAUGUAACUUAUAUGACAUUACCAUAUAUUAGUGAUAUUGCACCGAAAUUUACUCGACUUUUCAAACCUUUUGAAAACAUCAAACUUUCAUUUAGAACUGCUCUCACAGUCAAUAAGAUUUUUUCUAACAUUAAAGACAAGACUCCAAUGCUUUCUAAAACUGAUACAGUCUACAGGCUUUCUUGUUUAGAUUGUAAUCAAAUAUAUAUUGGUCAAACGUCAAGAAGACUAAAAGACAGAAUAACUUCACACAAGUCAGACUGUAGAUUGUACCCAGGUAGAAGUGCAUUGGGUGAACAUGUUUUCAAUAAUGGUCAUCAAAUUGAUUACAAUGACGUGCAGAUAUUGGAUCAAAAUAAAAUAGAUGAAUCAACAUUAUCUGAAAGUAAAAAUAACGUAGAGACUCCAUUUAAUAAAUAUGAUAAAGAAAAAAAACAGGACCAUUUAAAUCCCAAAGCAAAUAUUUUACUGGAACCAGAUGUUAAACUUAAUGAUAAUAUUGAUAACGACUCACAACCUUUAAACAAAACCUUGGAUUUAUAUAAAUUUCAAGAAAAUGAUUUAGAGGAAAAAGCAUCAAAAUCGCCUGAAUACGAUAAGCUGGAAGAAAAAACUUACAUUCCAUUAAAAGCUGUAAAUUUUGAUUGCUAUCCAAUUUUGACCAAAAUUGACACGAAUCCAAAUACUAACCAUAGAGACUAUGAAGACAAUGAAUACUUUAGCGAGUCACGUGACACAUCCUCAUAUGUACCCGAAACGGAAAUAGAGUCUGAGGGAGGGGAAGAGGAAACUAUUUACCCAAUUUUUAAGACCAUAAACGUAACUUGCCCUGAAUCAACUUUAACAAAGGACGAACCCUCGGAAAAGCCCCAUAUUUCUAACAUCGAAACUAAUAAUUCCAUUGUUGCCCUUUCACAUAGAAAAAAGAGUUUGGGAUAAAAAGAAUUUCUGUCCAAUUUGUUUCGUAGAAGUGAGUCAUUUUGCAAGACAUUUGGAAAGAAAACAUGAUGACGAAAGUCGAGUAAAAAAUAUUUUAUCUUUUCCAAAAGGAUCUAAUGAAAGGAAAACCUUAUGGGAUUAUUUACGCAAGGAAGGAAAUUUUCAUUUGUUUAGAGAAGAAAAAAAAGUGGUGGCUGUUCGAAGGCCCACGGAAGCCCAAGCAUUAGACUUUGACGAUUUUGUUGUUUGCGAAAACUGUUCUGGGGUGUACAAAAAAUUUUUUUCUAUAAGCAUGCUAAAAAUGCCAAGAAAAACACUGGUACAAAGUGUGGGCGACUAAAUGCCUUAACUCAAUCCCAAACAUUUUCAGCGGAUUCUCGCUGCCAAAACAGUUUUUUAUCACAGUCAAGAUUAAAGAAAGAGGUAUUUUGCAUUAUGAAAGCAGAUAAAAUAAGCGCCACCUCAAAAAAUGAUAUUUUUAAUAUGUUUAUUCGGGGAAACCCAUCUCAAAAAACAUAAAAGAAAGCAAAUUGUAACAGUAGCAACAAAAUGAGAGAAUUAGCAAGACUUUUGAUUGCUCUUAGAGAGUUCACACCUGUUCAGAACCUAAUUGAUGCUAUGAAACCAGAAUUAUUUGACGAUUUAGUUACGGCCACAAAAGUAAUUUCGGGAUUUAGCAAUGCCGAUAAAAGCUUUAAAUCUUCUUCAUUAGCACUUCAUAUGGGUACCACUUUAAAACAAGUAUGCGAUAUAACUAAUCGAAUGAUUUUAAAAAAAUUUCCAUUCUUUACCUUUAAAAACCCUAAUGAGGAAAAAAAGCAUUCCAGAUUUUAAAACAUUAGAGAUCAGUUGGGCCAAUGAAAUUUCUUCAUUAGGCCUUAAAACAAUAAAAGAACGGCAAUGGGAAAACCCCAAAUACUGCCGGUGACAAGUGAAGUAAUUAAGUUUAAUAGUUUUGUCAAAAAUCAGGUUGAAGACAGUGCCAAAAAAUUAAACAAACUUUUAGAAAAGAAGGGGAAACAAAAUGACAAAAAUAAUUUACUUCCUUUAUAUAAAACCUUAGCAAAAGGAGUAAUGGCCCUUCUUUUAAUACUAAAUAGAAAACGCAUCGGUGAGAUUCAAUACCUUGAAAUUUCUACUUACAAAAGAUCAUUUGCGGACCCCAGUGUUCAACAAGAAAUUGCUGAAAGUUUAACUGUUUCAGAAAAACUAUUGUGUAGAAACUUUUAGAAGAAUUAUUUUAUUUUAAUUUCUCCUUUUUUAAACGAGAAAAUUGAGCUGAUGAUUAAAAUAAGAGAAAAAAUAAAAUUAAUUCCAAAAGAUAAUAAAUACAUUUUUGCAAAUCCCAAUUCGUCGAAAGGUUGGUUUCAUGGAACAAGUGUAAUUAAACAAUUUGCAAAAAGCUGUGGGGCAAAGGAUCCCAACUCUCUAACUUCUACCGAAUUUCGAAAACAGACUGCAACAAUUUUACAGAUUAUGGAUAUUCAUAAUACUGACAUGGAACAAUUAGCCACUUUUAUGGGUCAUACAAAAAAAACCAUGAAGAAUGGUAUAGACUUCCUCAAGAUCUAUACCAGACUGCAAAAAUAGCCAAACCAAUGAUCGCUUUAAAUAAAGGUGAUGUUAAUAUUUACAAAGGAAAGAGCUUAGACGAUAUCAAUAUAGAAGAAAAUGACUACUUGGAAAUUGAAAACAUAGAAACAGAAGUAAAUGAAAUAAAUGAAAAGAGCCUACUCAUUCUUGGAGUCCUAAAAGUAAUUGUAGCGAUGUAACUGACGAAAAAAUUGAACAAGCUAAUAAAAAUGGUAGGUAAAAGAUUAUUAUAAACGAAGUCUUAAAAAAUCAUUACAAUAAAUAUUAUAAAUGAAAAAAAAAGAUGAGUAGCUCCUAACUCUUAAAGCAGUUUUCUACUUAAAAGUAACAAAUAAAUAAUUAUUAUUAAUCUGCAGAAAAAGUUUCGUCGAAGGGUAAAAGAAAGUUAUCUACCGAUGAAAUGACGCAUCCAAUGCAAAAUAAUAAAGUUACAAAAAGAAAGCCAACUACUGAAAAAACCGAAAGCAGUUCAAAUGCGAUUGCAGGCACCGAUGGACCGAAAAGGACAAACAAACGAUGCUUAAAUACUUUACAAGAUUCAUAAAAGAAAAAGAGUUCCGAAAAAAGCAGACGUACAGGAAUUUAAAAAAAAAUAAAGCUGGAGAAAACUUUAAAUCAAUUGAUGGGGUAAAAAUUAAAACGUUU